AUGACUGAAGCUAAUAGCAAUAUUGGACCGGCUCAUCAGAAUUUACAAGAGAAUAAUAAUGAAAUCAUAUCGCUAAUAGAAUCAGUGAAAAAAUUAUCAAUAUUGAUCAAUUAUAGGGAUACAGAAGUAGUUUGUGAUUUGGGUUCAGAAUGUUCAAUUAUCACUUAUGAGGAAGCUAGUGCCAAGACACAUAUUACUGAUAAAGUGAUAUCUGGAAUUGUUAAACAGAUAUCACAUAGAAGAAUUUCAAUUUCUCUUUACCAAUUAAUGGAAAUAGCUAAAAGAAAAAAGAGAUUUUUAAAUGAUACAACAUCUUUAUCCUCAUCCUCACCUUCAUCUGGGUCUGACUCUAAAUUCUUUUAUGAUUAUGAAGAUUUUACUGUAGAUAUAGUAAAA